GGCUGGGGGUGUAGCUGCUGAGCCACGCCGAUUGGAUUCUGUGGUGUCUUUUUCAUGAUCAUGUCCAGUCAGCCAUCGAGCUGAGAGAGAGACAGACAGUGUGAGACGAAAAAAAGCCUUCCAUCCCUCCUCAGGGGGCAACCAGAGAGAGAAAAAGAAAACUUACAGCCGGCGGCACCUCUCGGUCCCCUCACAGAAGAGAAAAGAGAGAGUGGGAGAAAACAAAGUGAAGGCGCGAAGUGGACUUGGUUUUACUGAGAAAGAGGGACAGAGAGAGAGAGAGUGAAAGGUGAUGGAUUGAGUGAGGGAGCAGGAUUCGCAGCUCCCAGUUUCUAUCUGUCUCUCUCUGUGUUUAAAGCCCAGUUUGUCCCUCUCCCUGUUGCUCUGUCGCUCUCCUCUUCCCCCCACCCCAGCCCCAAACCCUACAAUUUGCUGUGACCGUGGAAGGUGAUCAGGAGAGUGGAUCCAAGCUCAGGAGGAGGAUGUUGGUGUCCGGGUACCAGCAGGGGGUCUCGGCUCGGCCGGGCUCGCUCUCCCCCCUCGGGACAGGGCUGUUGUUGCUGCUGCUGAGCUGUCCGCCGCCCGCCGCGCCGUGCCCGCUGCCCUGCGACUGCUCCACGCCGCCGGAGACGGUGAAGUGCGUGAACCGGGAGCUGGCGUCGGUGCCGAGCGGCAUCCCGGGCGGGGUGCGGAGCCUGGUGAUCAGCGGCAACCGCAUCGCGCGGCUGCCGGGCCCGGGGCCGCUCGGGGGCUCUCCGCUCGGCCAGCUGGUCAACCUGAGCCUGCGGGCGAACCGCAUCGCCGCGGUGGGCGCCGGCGCCUUCGCCUCGCUGCCCCGCCUGCAGCGGCUCGACCUCAGCGAGAACCGCCUGGUGAGCGUCAGCCCGGCGGCGUUCGGCUCGGCGCCGUGCCCCCUGCGGGAGCUCAACCUGAGCCGGGCCCUGGGCGAGCCCUCGGCCCUGGAGCAGGUGGCGGCGCUGCUGGCCUCCGCUCGGCUGCCCGAGCUCCGGAGCUUGCAGCUCUCCGGCAACCGGCUGUCCUCGCUGCCGCCGGGCGCCUUCUCGGGCCUGGCCUCGCUGCGGCACCUGGGGCUGGCCGACAACUCCCUGUCCGCGCUGGGCGGCGAUGCCCCGGGCGGCGGAGGCGGCGAUGCCCCGGGCGGCGGAGGCGGCUCGCUGUUGCAGCUGCCGCCGCAGCUGGAGACGCUGGACCUGCGGCGGAACGCGCUCCGGGCCCUCGCCAACGGCACCGUGUCCGAGCUGCGGCGGCGGCACCCCGACCUCCGGCUGCGGCUCGCCGGCAACCCGCUGGCGUGCGACUGCCGCCUGGAGCCGCUGCUGGCCUGGCUCCGGCACGGCCGCCCGGCGGACGCCGAGAGCCUGGUGUGCGCUUCGCCCGAGUCGCUGCGGGAGCGGCCCGUGCUGCAGCUCCGCGCCACCGAGCUCCACUGCCCGCUGCAGGGAGACAUGGAGAGCGUCCUGCAAACCUCGUACGUCUUCCUGGGCAUCGUGCUGGCGCUGAUCGGGGUCAUCUUCAUGUUCGUGCUGUACCUGAACAGGAAGGGCAUCAAAAAGUGGCUUUACAACCUCAGGGAUGCCUGCCGAGACCACAUGGAAGGCUAUCACUACAGAUACGAGAUUAACUCGGACCCCAGACUGACAAACCUCAGCUCCAACUCGGAGGCGUGAAAGGACUUUUUUUUCCGCAUUUUCUGCCCGCGGGAGGCUGAACUUGUUUGAGACUCAAGGAGGGGCCCGCGUAGACUUUGUUUUAACUGUUCGUUCUUUGUAAUAGCUAUGCAUGAUGACCCCCCCACUCACACCGACCAACGGGCUUAAACUUGCUGCUUGUGUCACUCUCCGACGGUUGGAAAUACGACAGUGACAAAAAAAGGUUUGACUCUCGCAGUGGGGAAUGCUCCAUGUGCAGCGGUGUAUGUUUGUGUGUAUGAUAAUGUGUGGAUGUAUGUGCAUGCCUAUGUGUGUGUGCGCGUCUCUACAUCUGUGUGUGUGUAUGAGUAUCUGUGUGUGUGUGUGUGUGUGUGAACUUUCUCUCUCUUUUCAUCACCUGAUGUGUGAUGUGCCAAAAUAGGGAGCCCAUUUGAAAAAAGGGUUGAAGCUCUCUCCCGAGCUCUGCUUUAACAGUAGAGUACUUUUAAAAACUUAGCUGAGGAUUUGAGACCUCCGGUCUAUUAGAGUCGGGAGAAGGGAUUAAUUGCUACAGUAAUAGUUUUACCGUUUCAGAAGUGACCAAAAGAAAACAAACUAAGCAAUACAAGCAGUUUUUAGACCUCGGUUUCAGCAACUCAAAGGUUUUCUUAUCAGUCUCCAGGCGGUGCAGUAACACAAAGCGACCCCGCUGGUUUAAUACAUUCUGCUAAAUUCCAACGACUUCAGUCAGACCCUACUCACUGAAUGAGAAAAGGCGCUUACUGUAAUGCUGUUUUAAUACUGCCUUUUUUUUAUUGGCAAACCGGUCUACCUAUACUCCCCGAACUUAAACAAAGUGACAUAUGUAGUCAACAGGCUUUUCUCCUGUUUGUUGGUCUCACAAGUUUCAUUGGGUAAUAUAUUCAGGAUGAUUGGAAUGAACGCUGUUUGUCAGCCAGCCUGCCUGCCUCUGAGAAAGCCCGGGCUUUGGAAACAUCUGGAUCCUCAAAGAUGAAGUAUUCUCUCCAUUCCCCCUCCCCCACCCUCAAUCUUCAUUUGAAGAAUGGAGAUGUUGACCGUAGGCCUCCCUCCUGGUGUCACAAUAUCCAAGGACUGUGCAUUUCCAUUUGACAAACUGGCUAUCUCCCGGGUGCACAUGUAGGGUGAUGGUUGUGGGGGCGUUAAGAUCACACUAAUGUUGAGCCUCGCAGUUCAUGAUUUUUUUUAAAACGGUGCAUCUUUGCAAGUCGUUUUGUAAUGUUUCCGAAACUCCUAGUUGGUAUGAACUUUCUUGACUAAGAUUAAUACAUAUAUAUUGAAGAAUAUUAGUUAAUCAAAUUGGGGAAUUUGCAUUGAAAAAAAAUAGAUGCAGCAGACACGCAUGCACACAGAGACACUGCGGAAACGAAUCAUGCUAAGUGGAACUGUAAAUAUCAAUAAUUAUGCUAGUAACCCUGCAUUAUUAAUCAGAGCAGUCAAUUAGAUCCCCAAUCUUACAGUGAAAUGUAAUAAAAUUAGAAUGCUUAGCGCCGCUGAAUGUAGUGCAUGAGUGUUCUGGUACUUUUAGGGAGGGUUUGCAUUGGGGUUAUAUUAGAAAAUUGCUCGCCAUCGAGAAUGAAUCCAGUUCAUCUAAUAUUUGAUAAGCUUCUCAGCAUGAAUGAGUCUUGCAGCAUUACAGCAGCACGGAACAUAAAAGUACAAACACUUGGCUACCUUUCAUGUUCAAUUAUUUCUACCUGGAUAUAAUAGGUGACAAACAUUUCACAUUCUGUAGCCUUUUUCCCUUGCAAUGCAAAUGCAUGUCAUAGAUGUGAGGCCUAUGCACUUGAGAACAUGUUAUCUUGGUGCUUGUGCUGUGGAAAAGUUUGAAAAUUCUUCUCUCUCUUAUUUAGCUAUUAAUAGAGGAUAUCUUUACACAUCAUACCAUGGAAGGUUUGAUGCAGUGAUUUGAUAGAACAGGUCAGCAAAGUGAAAUAGCAUGGGGCUUAUGUUCAUAACCUCCUCCAAAUUCGUUACUACACAUCAAUUUAUUUGUUCAAUUUCUGCAUAAUUUGGCAAGGUAAUCUGUUUGCAAGAACACUCUAUACUGUAGAACGUUUACAAGCCUGAUGAUUUCAGACAAACUAGACUAUGGAUACUUACUAAAACCUAUCCACACAACACCAGGUUAUAGUCCAACAGGUUUAAUUGGAAGCACACUAGCUUUCGGAGCGACGCUCCUUCAUCAGGUGAUAGUGGAGGGCUUCAUCAGGGCACCUGAUGAAGGAGCAGCGCUCCAAAAGCUAGUGUGCUUCCAAUUAAACCUGUUGGACUAUAACCUGGUUUUGUGUGAUUUUUAACUUUGUACACCCCAGUCCAACACCGGCAUCUCCAAAUCAUAAAACCUAUCCUGCAUUUUAACCCUGAGGCAGAAGAAAUCAGCCAAGUCCAGCAGGUUAAAUAUUGCAAUAGUUUGCUUGCAAGAUCUUCACCAAUAAGGCAAUGGAAACCUCCUUACAUUCCAACCAGUUGUUUAUGUUUGUAAAAACAAAUCAAAGACCAUGACUGCUAGAGUCCAUCUCUUUUUACAUUCACAGGCACUUGUCUUUCUAGCAGUUCCAAAAUCUACAAGUUAAAAACGUUUUCAACCAAUAUUAACUAUUAGAAUUUCUAAAACAUGGUGCGGAAAUAUAUAAUUCCACAGUUCAACUAACCAAAUUUAUCUAAAUCUAUUCUUUGAAAUAUAUAAAUUAUAUAAAAUUAGUCAUGAAACCAGACUUGGGCAUGGACUAAGUAUAAAAAUGUUUUGAAGUGCAAAGUGGCAGCCUGUGUGUUGUAUUUCAUCGAAACGAUGAGACUGUUUGCCUGGUCACUUGUAGCUGUAUAAAAAAGGUAGAAUGAUCCCUUUGUAACUAUUGUUCUUAUGGAGUCUCUACUUUUCAAUGUUACUUUUUUGAUGUCCGGUGCUAAUACUUGCUUUGAUUGUAAUUUUCCUAAAAUUUCUUUCAGUUGCAUUCUAACCAUUAUUUCCAAGUAAUGGACCAUAAGUAUGAUAUUUUAUUUUCAUAUUAUUUAUUACUGAACCAAAAAAAGCACAGAUAGAAAUCUAGGUUAAUGCCAUCUGGAGUGCAUUUUGUUCUGAUCUAUAUAUAGGUUUGCACCAGUGAAGUGUUGAUGAGAAAUGUGCUGAAUACAGCUUUUUGCCAUGUCAUAUAUUCGAUUAGUGCCAUCGGUCUUAUGAAUACUGGGGACAUAAACAAGGCCAUGAGUGGGAGGGUGGGGAAUGAAGGGCAGUGCACCUAUUUAUCUGAAGGCCUCAUGAUGUUGCUGUUAAAUCUUCAAAGAAUAACCAUGUCAUAUGAAGAAUCAUUGCAUGCAAAAGAAAGCUAUGUAAUGGAAGUUGGAAAAAACGAGGAAGUAAUAUUAGAGCCCUGAAGAAUGUAAGCAUAUUCAAGCUGUAUGUUUUCUGC